UUAAUCGAAGCGAGACGCAUUACAAAACGAUAGUAAUUGAAGUGCGCAAAUCACCUAGCGGGGGUUUACGCCGAUCUUAUUGUCCUCCUCACCAGCAUCGAGGCAAGAUGUAACAGAAGUAGGCACUUGGACCUUUCCAUUAAGUCACUAGACGAUGCAGCCUGUACGAUCCCAGCAGAGGGCCCCCGGGAGCUUCUCUCCCUUGCCCGGCAGCAGUGUUUCGUCCGUUUCUACUGCUGCCGCUGCCGCUGCCUCUUCCUCCGCUGCAGCCUCAUCGAGACCUCAAAUUCGGAGGAUAGAUACUUCCUCUAGCGAAGAUACCAUCAAUGUCAUAAAAAACAGAAAUGCCCAGAGCCCUGUGAAUGUCAAUUUGAAUAGCCCCUCUUACGCCACCAGUCCGCACAAUUUCUCUCGUCCGACAAGACCUAGCCUCGACCUACCUCAAACUAGAAACACAUCUCCUUUGACCUUGCCCUCUCGUCCUAGCCACGUCCGAAAACACUCGCAAACCCAAGGCCUCUUCGAACCUACCUUGCCUUCUACGAGCACAUCCAACCUCUCUCAAGUCGCCAUGGCUCAGGCCCAAACCCCUGGCGCAUCAUCCAGCUCCCUCUCGGCUAGUCAGAUAGCUGCUCAGGCUGCUGUUAUGCAACAUCAACAACAUAGUCGCCACCGAUCGCAGACUGUCCCUUUUCCUGGUAGCGAUGGCCUAGAUCCCGCAAGGAGGCCUGGCCCCAAACCCGUAUCCGAUCAUCGCACCCCCCCUAUGCUGAGCCUGACUGAGGCUAGCGCUCCAAGAGACAGCGGCUUUGGCUCCCAAGGAUAUCAUAAUGGACUUUUGGGAAGUCAUGCGGCUGCCACUGCCGCUGCGAAUGUCGUCUUUCCGCGAUCGCCUCAAACUUCGCCUGGUCUACCGCCGCCUGACCAAUCUAUGCCACCUCCUUCGACGAUACCCGAAAAGCCUGCCAAAGUGGAGAAGUCCAAGGUCAAGUUAUUCUCCCGACCCAAGAAAAUCGAUACCAAAGGUGAUGUAAAAGAACGACCGUUACCUAGUCCUGGCAAGAUUGGCUCUGCUCUGGCCUCAUUACAACGCGCCAACUUCAGCACGACUAGCCUCGCGGACUCGCAGUCUUUUUAUAGCUUGGCAAACUCGUCCGCCGCGACUAUUCGACCGAUAGACUCGUCUACAGAGAAAGAAGGCAAGGAAAAGGACAAGGAAAGGAAACAUCAUUUCUUAUCUCGGCAAAAACACAAGCUGAGCAGCAAAGAUGAUUACCACCUCCCCCUUUCUUCUGCCGCGAGCAAUUCUCGACCAGUCGAUCCACAUGCGCCCUCGAGCCUAUACAACUUCAACCUACCACCGAGUCCUGGACCGAAUAAUAAUCUCGGUAAAAGUGUCAGCGGUUUGGAUUUACGACACGGAGGACGCGCACUGCGCGAUAAGAGGAAAGAAGACAACGAAUCAACUUAUGGCGGUGUUUCUGAUUGGCCCGGGCCUGGCAGCUUAGGGUCGACCACUGCCACUACGUCUCAUCUAUUUGACCCGGCCGAGUCGGGCAAGUAUGGCCUUCACAAUAUGGCUCUGGAUGAUGCUUGGCCGUACCUGAGAGCCAAGUUACUGGUUAUAUUUGAGGGUGAGGAUCUGCGACUACCUGUAGAAGAUUUCAACCGGGUCGUGAUUAUGCACAUACAAUACUGCUUACAACGUCGUUCGGCUCACAUGAUUAUUGAUGACGUGCGAGAUCUCCUUUCGACGGGCUUUGCCUCGCUUGACCAUACAUUACGCAAGACCCCCGAGGAUCGAUUAAUACCUGCGCUGGUGGAACUCUGGAUAUUUACGUUUACCAGCAUUCUACCCUACAUGCAAGCCGUAUUUCUUCCGCUGGAUCUCGAAUUCUCUGGCUGUGGAACCCUUUUGACUCCCGAGCAAGCACGAGACUUUUGGGGUGGUGUGGCGAACCCUCCUGUGCCAACUGCUCUCGCUAGCGGUCCGCAAGCUGAAGCCCAUCUGGCACCCGCAUCGAGCGUCCUAGAUGUUCGUCGGCUGGUGCUCAUAUCAUACCGGGAUUCCCUGAUUUUACCUCGGUACGAGAAGUUAAAGACCAUCUUCUCUCGGCUAUCUCUCGAGCACCUACCAUCCUCUCUCGCCUCCUUGGCACUGGCAUCUCCACCGCUUAUGAACGAUAGCGCUACGUCUCUCUCCACCUCACCGAGCGAUGCUUUCUCGGGCCGUCCUGGAACGGCCAUGUCGCUCGACCCAAGCGUUGCAAGCUAUAAUUCCAACUCUACCACGGUCUUCGGCAACGACUCAAACCCGUCGCGGAGCCGCGCCAUCAGCAAUGUAUCCUUCGGCAGUGGUGUAUCUGACCCGGCAUCAACCGGUGCCAGUUCUCUGCUCAGGCCCUUCACGCCGCAACUAAGAGAGGGUGCCGAACGCGGCGGCAGGGAAAUUCUUGGCAGCGUACGGGAGCAGAACGUCGAGGACAGCAAGCAGGUCACGGAGAUGGUGGGCCGCAUGCUUCAGUGCAUGAGUGUACUGGCGAGCGUCGACACGGGGAUCAACGCGGUUGGCACGGACGAAUCGAGCAAGAUGGUGUCUGAGCUGGGUCGACUGCUCAAGCUUAACUGGUUGGGUAGAGGUCGGACGGGUAGGAACCGGAGGGGCAUGGUCGGUGGGAGGGUCAGGAGGCAGGAGAACAACUCUAUUAGCCUAGGCCAUGGUGUCUUGAGGGAAGGGAUACGCGAAGGUGUUGAGGUUGCCUGAUUUUUUUUUAUAGUGAACGAAUGGAGAUAUAUCCGAUUACUGAAACUAAGGCAACGCCUGGGAGUAUUGCUACGGAAGUUGGUCAAGGUGGAAUUCACGGAUGCGGUCACGAGGAAAAGAGCUCAGCUUGGCGUUUGAGGAUUAUUGUAUAUAUCAUUUUAUGCUGCGAAGUAUGUCUAACUAGAGGUUGCUACAAUCAAGACCAGGGA